AUGAAGAAACAGGUUUAUGGAGAUUGCUCUUCUCAACCUCCCCGAUGUGGUAGAUACAAGGCAAACCACUUUGGGAAUUGCAAGCCAGAUCUUGUGAAAUGUUACAAGUACAAUCAGUUAGGACAUUUUGCAAGGGAAUGUACAGUCCUAGAUGUUCCUGAAAAGACUAAAGGUCGUGUUUACACCUUGGAUGCGGGGAAGGCUCAAGGAAACACAAAUCUUGUUGCUGGUACGUGUUAUGUCAAUAAUCAACCUUUGUUUGUGUUAGUUGAUUGUGGAGCAACACAUUCUUUUAUUUCUUAUCAUUGUGUGCGGAGACUUGGUUUUGAAGAAAGUCCUCUUCCGAAUCCUAUGAUUAUCUCAUCGACUACUGACGAUGUAGUAGAAGCUCGAGAAGUUUGCAAGGAGUGUUCUAUUACUUUCAAUGGUCAUAGAUUCUUGGUUGACCUUAUUUGUCUACCGCUUAAGAAGAUCGAUGUGGUGUUAGGCAUGGAUUGGUUGUUAGCUAACUCAGUGUACAUUGGUUGUAAGGAGAAGGCUAUCUUCAUCCCAGCUGAGGAAACUACUCCAACCGAAGCCAUUGAACGUCUUCUUGAAGGUACGGUAAACGUGAUCAAUUACCUUUUUGCUCAAGAUAAGUCUUUCCUUUUGGUUCUUACGUCGUACUCUAAGGACAAGAAGGGUGUAUUGGAGAUUCCAGUUGUGUGUGAAUUUCCUGAUGUCUUUCUGGAGGAUGUCAUUUCUCUUCCACCGGAAAGGGAAGUUGAAUUCUCCAUUGAUCUUGUUUUGGGUACCGCUCCAGUUUCGAUUGCCCCUUAUCGAAUGUCUCUUGUCGAGUUGAGGGAAUUGAAGAGUCAACUAGAAGAGUAG